UGCGACGGAGUGAUGAUUCUUCAGAGUGUCUCUUCCCUCCGCCGCGAGGGUUAGCUGCCGGCUUUACGAAUCUAAAGCAUUUUCUCGUCGGAGAUAAACUUGGUUUCCAAAAUUCUUGUUUUUGGAGGAUUCAGAGAGUGAGGAAAUGGCUUCUGCUCUCUCUGCUUUCAACACUUGCUCAUUUCUUCGGAGCUUCUCUUCGCUUAACAACCGAAUUUUCAUCCGCGGACGGUAUAUGCCACCGCCGUCCAAUCUACUUCUCCCGUACUCGGCUCUCGCUGGCUCUUCAGUCGCCUUCUCUCGCCGGCGGAAUCAGAACUCUACCGUCUCAUCCACUCCUAGGAAAAAUAAGAAAAAAAGUCUGCCUGCUGAAAAUGAUGACGAGGAGGAGGGAGAUGACAUAGAUGAAGAUGCAUUCGAUGCCCUUUUUGACAUGCUGGAAGGAGACCUGAAGAACAGCGAUUCAUCUGUAGGUGAUGAGGAUGACUACGAUGAUAUGAGCGAAGAAGAUAUUAUGAAGCUUCAGAAUGAGCUAGAAGAGGCACUUGAUGCUGAUGAUUGUGAGGAUGAAGCUUAUGACAUGGAAACUGGGACUUUUCCUCGUGAAGAAGAAGAGGGUGAAAAGGGAAGGCCAUUGAAGCUUAGGAAUUGGCAAAUCCGAAGAUUGGCCUCUGCUUUAAAGAAAGGCCGUCGCAAAAUUAGUAUUAAGAAUUUGGCAGGUGAUCUUUGCCUUGAGAGGGCUGUUGUUCUUGACUUGCUUCGUGAUCCCCCUCCUAGUCUUGUGAUGUUGAGUGCUGCUUUACCCGACGAACCUGAACCAAGUCUGCCGGUACAAGCCACUACGCCAGUAGAAUCUGUAACUGAGGAAAUGAAUGUCGAGGAAGAUGCCGUGAAAGACGAGAGCAAGGUGAAUUUGCCAGUUCACGUCAUGUAUCACAAAUGGAAUGCACAGAAGAGGCUGAAGAAAGUUCAUGUUCAAACCCUCGAGAGAGUGUACAGAAGAACCAAGAGACCUACUAAUACCAUGGUCAGCAGCAUUGUGCAUGUGACCAACUUGCCUCGCAAAAGAGUGGUGAAAUGGUUUGAAGAUAAACGCACAGAAGAAGGUGUCCCUGAACAGCGUCAGCCAUAUAGAAGGUCCAUUCAUGAAACUGUAUCUUCCAGUUGAAUCAUAUUGUAUACAUCUAUCGUUGGCUACCUGAUUAAAUAUCUCUAAUGGAUAGACUAUCUUCUGUAAUUGUGAGAUAAGUCCUCUUUUGUCCUAAAUAUCCCUUGAGAACCAAUCUCAUUCGUGUAAUUUUCAUAUUGUAAGUUCAUCAUAUUCAUAAUAUCCAUAACCGUGUUAUGAUCAACCGAUGUUUCACCUAAUUGCCUGAACCCGAAAACUGACUGAUCUCACCUAGGGAUGAACUGAUCAAAUUCUUUUUUAAGCAAUUCCCAUUGCGGUUGAAGCAAGGAAUACACAACCAACAAAAAAAGUCACUAAAAUUGACUCAGAAUAGUAGGUACGAAAGCUCUGAAGCAUGCAGUCACGUAAUUCCAUUUUGAAGCUGAUUGAUUUGUGCGGGAGUUGGAUGGAUGUCAAGUUCACUUUCCUGGAAUGGGGAAGGCUUCUUUUUUUCAUCACAGUUGAAUUUUGGUACUCACAAAGGGAAUAUUUCUAGGCGUGACUCUUACCUCAAACCCUUUAAUGAAACCCAGCAACUUAGCCCUCCCCACGCCUGCACACAUUUCUGCCAUUCCUAUUUCAUUCUGUUGUGAUCAACUGCUUGUCUUGCUUACACUGCUGUUCUGUGAAGAAGAAAAGUGCAGAAAUGAGGGCUCCUUUCAGCCUAAAACACAGGGUUUCGCAGACAAAACCCUCUUGCUCUGGUUUUGGACUGAAGGGAGCUCCCAAUUCUUCUCUUUCUUUGGUCUGCUUGCUUGAUGGUUCCUGCAGAAUCCAGAGAUGAUGAUUACGUUGGUGAGAGUAAGUUGAUCAAACCUUUUUCCUCUUCUCUUGCCAAAGUUUGGGUCAGUAGAUUUUCUGUGGUGCUGCAUCAUAUUUUUUUUUAUAAUGGUGAUUGAAUUAGACGAAAAAGGCUUACAAAGUCUGGGAAAACAAGAAGAGAAAGCACCAAAGGCUUCACCAGGUGUGAGAGCCGAAAGGCCAGCAGGGAAAAGGAAAUAGAAAGAAAAACAGAACAACGGGAAACUCAAAUCGGCAAGCAACCCUAAAGGAAAGGCGAUCACUCGACUUUGCCGAUCAGCAUUAACUUGUGAAGCAACGAAAAAUUAAGGUGAAUUAUCCCU